AUGGUCCGGAACUCGCGUUACACAAUCUUGAUUUUGGUCAUUUGCGCCAUUUGGUACCUCUCGGUGCCUUCCAGAGGCAGCUGCGACCCCGCCGAGUGGACGGGCGCACACGGCAGGAAGCGCGGGGGAUUCCGCUGGGAGCAACACGGAGCUCCGUUGGACGCGCGUUUUCAAGAGAUUAGCGUGUCAGAGUGA